CCCUUCCCCCGCAGACUCCGCCACCAACCGCCUCCUCCUCUUUCCGCUGCAGCUGCUGCCGUCACACUAGCUACCGAAACCGUCGCCGUCGUCCUCCUCCUCCCCUCCCGCCCGCCUCGACCCCUCCGCCGCAAUGCCGGAGGAGAAGGAGUACGUCGCCGUUCCCAUGGGCCAGGCGCCGGAGCCCGCGGACCCCGAGGACCCCGUCAAGUCGCCGCCGCGCCCCACCUCGCCGGCCACCUCCACCCGCCAGGCAUGCUUUGCGGUCCUUCAAAGCUGGGUGUCAAGAAAAUUUAUGACUGGAUGUGUAGUUAUUUUCCCAAUGGCUGUGACAUUCUUCAUCACUUGGUGGUUUAUUCGAUUUUUUGAUGGAUUCUUCAGUCCACUCUAUGCAAAGCUUGGAGUCGAUGUAUUUGGCCUUGGGUUUGUGACAUCUCUGGUAUUCAUAUUUAUUGUUGGAAUAUUUGUGUCAUCAUGGGUGGGCUCAACUGUCUUCUGGGUUGGAGAAUGGUUUAUAAAGAAAAUGCCAUUUGUAAGGCACAUAUAUUCUGCAUCAAAGCAAGUUAGUACUGCUGUUUCACCAGAUCAAAAUACAGCAGCAUUUAAAGAAGUGGCAAUAAUUAGCCAUCCCCGUGCUGGUGAAUACGCAUUUGGAUUCAUAACAUCGAGCAUGAUUCUUCAGACUGAUAAAGGUGAUGAAGAACUGUGUAGUGUCUAUGUGCCAACCAAUCAUCUAUAUAUUGGUGAUAUCUUUUUGGUGAACUCUGCGGAAAUUAUAAGGCCCAAUCUGUCCAUUCGAGAAGGGAUAGAAAUAAUUGUUUCUGGAGGAAUGACCAUGCCACAGGUGAUCACAGCGCUAGGACCUGCCCCUGAUAAGAACGAGGGCACCCGUUUAAGCAGAAUGAUGACUGUCUGAGGCUUACAAUAUCGCCAGCAUAUCUCAGAUGUUUACAGCUACUAAAGGAACGCCAAAGUUGUGGACGAUGCUACAUCUGAUGUACAAUUUGUAGAUUAGAAGCUGGAACACAAGGACUGUGCGAUGGAGUAAAACACCGGUUGUAUAUUAGGCGGGUUAGAAAUUAAAGUGGGGUGCUGAUGAUAGUCGCGCAGCACACUGUACUGAGAUUACUGAUAAUGGUUUGUGGUUCUGAUGUGCUCACAGAAUGAGUGCUUAGUUACUCAUGUUAGGUCAUUAGAGUACAAUGUAACUUAAACUGAGACAGGUUAAUUUUUUUUUUAACUUUUGAUUGAUGCUAUCGCAUUGUUUCGUCAGAA